AUGAUUAUUUCCAUCUGGCUCAUCCCAUUCUUCUAUUUUCGUUUAAUCUGGUCGUCCGAUUCCUUUCCAUGGCGUUUAUGGUCAUUUCUUUUCCAUGUCGUUGAUGCUGUUCAACUCUAUUCUCUUCUCCUUCUCGUUUCAAACAACAGCUUUAUUAAUUAUACUCUUAAACGUCUUCUUCUAUUUCUCACUUGGCUCGCACCUAUUCUUACCUAUUCGCCAUUAUUAUGGUUGUCAUUAUCUAAUGACCAGAUGGAUUAUUUACCCUAUCGUCGUCUGUCGAUCAGUGUUCCAUGGUGGAUUCUACCAACAAUAUAUUCUUGUAUGUAUAUUGUUCCGAUAUUGGUCUCAUUUGUUUUAAUUGGAAUGGGAUUAUGCUGGCCUUGGAUUUAUAAACAAUACAAACAACGAGAACAUGUCGCACAUGGUCAAACAAAUGAACACCGAGAGAAUAUGGCAGAAUUGACUAGUUUAGUCGAAACGGUACUAAGUUUUGAAUUGGAUCAAUCAACAUCGAGCACUAUGAAUACAUGGGUUCCUUCGAUAUCUUCAUUAUCCAAAGAUCAAUCAUCUCUAUCCUAUCUUUCAAACAAAUUUGAUCGAACCUUGUCCUGUAAAACUUCCCAGGAUCAUUCAUCUUUAUUAUUUGACGAUAUUUCAUCAUCGGUACAAUUAAAAACUUUCUUAUGUAAACAACAUGCACCAAAACAUUAUUAUUUAUUAUUUAUUAUCACUACUCUGUUCUUGCUCGCUCAUUUACCAUACGUACUUUUUUCUCUUUUGAACAUUUAUUCAUCUCAAUUACCCAGAUUUAUUUACCUACAUUGGUUCGGAACAAUGUUUAUUCCAAUUGUACACUUACAAAAACUCUACUAA